AUGGCAGAUAGUCGUCUAUUACCGGUGCCCAAACCUGUAGAACUGACAGGAGAUGUAUCAGAAAAUUGGGAAAUUUUCAAAGAUGAAUGGGCCAGCUAUGAGAUUGCUACAGAGAAGAACAAGAAACCAAAGGAAAUCCGAGUAGCAACACUGAAGACCGUAAUUGGUAGAGAUUGCCUGGACAUUCUAAGGAACUUAGAUAUUCCAGCAGACCCUGGUCAGCCAGAUGCAGACCCCAGGCAAGACCCAGAUAAGAUUAUAGACGCCUUAGAUAAGCACUUCAAACCUCUGAAGAACACUGUAUACGAGAGAUACAAGUUCAAUACCUGUGAACAAGCACCAGGAGAAAGUAUUGAAGUGUACGUGGCUCGCUUGAGGAAACUAGUGUCUACAUGUGAGUAUGGCGCUCUGAAAGAGGAGAUGCUGCGCGAUAGAAUCGUGCUCGGAAUCUGCGAUAACAAGGUGAGAAUGCGACUGUUAAAGCAGAAAAACCUCACAUUGCAAGCAGCACUAGAAGAGUGCAAGACAAGUGAGACAACAAACAAACAGAUCAAGGCAAUGCAGACUGCAGAGACAGUGCAUUAUGCCAAGACAAAGCCAAAUCCAAGUCAAGGCAAAGCAAAGACAAAGUUCCAGCAGCCACAGAGAAGGAUGCAACCACAAGUUAACAACUGCGGUUACUGUGGAAGAGCCCAUGCUAGAGACAAGGGUAAAUGCCCAGCAUUUGGAAAGAAAUGCGCGAAGUGCGAUAGGCCCAACCACUUCGCCCGGGUUUGCAAAGCAUCCAGCAAGAAGAUAAACAUGGUACAAGACAACGUGGCAGAAGAUGACGAAGAAGUGUACACUGUAGGCUCUGUGUCAAGCAAUAACAAGAAAUGGUACAUAGACCUGAAGAUGAGUGAUGGAAAAUCUCUAAGCUGUCAGAUUGACACAGGAGCUACAUGCAAUGUGAUUAGCGAAGAUGACUUCCGGAAGUUCGGGCACAAGAUGAAACCAAGUAAAGCCAGAUUGAAGCUAUAUGAUGGUUCUAUCCUUCAGCCAGUAGGGCAAGGCAUCUUGAAGACGAGACAUCAAGACAGUAUCAUAGAUCUGGAAUUCCAGAUUGUCAAGACACGUCAGAAUCCUCUACUGUCAGCUGAAACAUGUACCAAAUUAGGACUGAUCACCCUAAACACGGUCAACCAAGUCAACAACAGCAAGACAGAACAGAUAGUUGAGGAGUACGCAGACGUCUUUGAAGGAUUGGGAUGCCUCCCAGGAGAAUAUCACAUUGAGAUUGACAAAGAAGCAAAACCAGUACAGCAUCUACCACGACGGGUACCUGUUCCUUUGAAAGCGGAACUGAAGAAGAAAAUCGACGAACUAGAGAAGAAACAAGUGAUUGCCAGAGUCACGAAACCGACGAAGUGGAUCUCAAGUAUGGUUGUCGUAAAGAAACCAGGCAAGAUGAGAAUAUGCCUAGACCCCAAGGAUCUAAACAUGGCACUACACCGACCGAAGUACCAGAUCCCCACCCUUGAUGAAGUCCUACCAAGGCUUGCCAAGGCCAAAGUGUUCUCAGUGCUAGAUGCCAAAGACGGAUUUUGGCAGGUCAAGUUAGAUGAGGAGAGCAGCUAUCUAACCACAUUUUGGACGCCGUUCGGCCGAUUCCGGUGGUGUCGCAUGCCCUUUGGGAUUUCCACCGCUCCUGAAGAAUACCAAAGAAGACAGCACGAGGUACUGGAAGGUCUACAGGGAGUUGACGUCAUCGCUGAUGACAUACUGGUCUUCGGAUGUGGUGAAACUGAAGAAGAAGCUGACAGAGACCACGAUGAAAAUCUGCGUAACCUGCUCAAACGCGCACGAGAGAAGAAUCUGAAACUAAACAAGCGAAAAUUGAGGCUCAAGCUAAAGCAAGUGCCAUACAUGGGACAACUACUAACGGCAGAUGGCCUGAAACCAGACCCAGAAAAGGUCAAGGCUAUCACAGAGAUGAAGACGCCAGAUGAUCUCCGAUCUCUACAGAGGUUCCUCGGAAUGGUCAAUUACCUCGCUAAGUUCUUGCCACACCUGUCUGAUGUGUGCGAACCACUGAGACGGCUAACAGACAAAGACGCAGUCUGGGUAUGGCUUGAAACACAUGACCAAGCAGUGAAAGAGGUCAAGAAGCUGGUGACAGCACAGCCAGUACUACAAUACUACGACGUAGAGAAAGAGGUGACCAUACAGGGAGAUGCAAGCGACAAGGGACUUGGAGCGGCGCUCCUGCAGGAAGGACGCCCGGUAGCGUAUGCUUCGCGAGCUCUAACCCCGACAGAACAGAACUAUGCGCAGAUCGAGAAAGAGUGCUUAGCAAUUGUCUUUGCAGCACAGAAGUUCAACCAGUACAUCCACGGCAGAGAAGUGGUAACUGUACAAUCAGAUCACAAGCCUUUGGAAGUGAUUUUUAAGAAGCCUCUCCUCGACGCACCGAAGAGGCUACAAAGAAUGAUGCUCCGUCUGCAGAAAUACCACCUAAAGGUGACGUACCGUAAAGGUUCAGAAAUGUAUAUCGCAGACACUCUCUCAAGAGCCUACCUGACGAGGACCAUGAACGAGACUAGGCGAGACGAGUAUGAGAUACUCAAGAUCCAGGAAGCAAAGAAAGAGGAUCAAGAAAUCGAACAAGUAACACCCGCUGAGUACAUCCAAGUGUCCGAUAUGACGAUAGACAGGGUACGUCGACACACUCAGCAAGAUGAAGUCAUGAGAGAAUUGAUGAAGACAAUAAAGAAAGGAUGGCCAGAAAACAAGACGCAGCUUAAGAAAGAAGUCCGUGACUAUUGGACAUUCAGGGACGAAGUCAGCAUGCACGAUGGCAUUGUAUACAAGGGACAAGCGAUAGUCGUCCCAGCAGAGCUGCGAGAAGAGAUGAUACAGAAGACACAUGCCAGCCACCAAGGAGCAGAAGCAUGUAUCAGACGAGCCAGAGAAACCAUAUUCUGGCCUGGGAUGAGUGCACAACUGCGAGAAAGAAUCGGACGAUGUGACAUCUGCAAAACCUAUCAGCCGAAGCAGCAGAGGGAACCGCUCAUGCCACAUCCAACUCCAACAACGCCAUGGAGCAGAGUGUCGAUGGAUCUGAUGACAUUGGAAAACCGACACUAUCUGAUCACAGUAGAUAACUACUCCGACUACUGGGAGAUAGACGAGCUUCACCAGAAUACCACAGCCAAGAAUGUGAUACACAAGACCAAGCAGAACUUCAGCAGACAUGGAAUACCCAUGGAAGUUGUCACCGACAACGGACCCCAGUUUGCAUCAGAGGAGUUCAAGCAAUUCGCAAAGACGUGGAACUUUCGACAUGUGACAACAUCACCGUAUCACAGUCAAGCCAACGGCAAAGCAGAAUCGGCAGUAAAGAUUGCCAAGAACCUGCUUAAGAAAGCAGCAGCAGAUGGACAGGACCCCUGGGUCUCCAUCUUGGCAUGGAGGAACACUCCAACACAAGGACAAGGCAGCAGUCCUACGCAACGACUAAUGUCAAGAAGGACGCGAACGCAAGUGCCAAUCAACACACAAGCACUAGAGCCAAAGGUAGUACCGAACGUCCACAAUAACAUCAACAAGAGAAAGGCCAGAGCGAAGAGGUAUUACGACAAAGGCACGAGAAGUCUUCCACCAAUACAACCAGGACAACAAGUGCGUGUAGAGUUAACACCACAGAAAGCAGCACAGUGGAAAUAUGGCACGUGUGUGCAACGUGUAGCACCAAAGUCGUACGAAGUAGAAGUCGACGGAGCCAAGUACAGGAGAAACCGAAAGCACAUACGCGACACAACAGAAGAACAGAAACCAUCAACAGAUGUAGAUGAGACAACAACAGCUCCAGCAACUGCAACACCAGAGUCGACAGCAGAAACAACGACAACUACGACUGAACCAACGCCGUAUGUCACACGGUCAGGCCGAACUGUAAAAGCGCCAGACCGUAUGGACUUGUAA